ACAGGUUGGUCUUGGCGAUCUGAAUCAGUACGCGCCACCUGUGGGACAGUGCUGAGUUACUCCGUCGAGCAUCCGUGCCCUCAGUAGUGCGCUCAUGGCGAGGAACUAACUUGUGUCAUGUUUGAAAUGUCACCGGACAGCUGAGAACUUCGAUUAUAGUGACAGGAUUUAACCAAGAGGAAAAACUUCGGUUGCCAUGUCUCUCCUCUGCGUGAGAGUUAAGAAAGCCAAACUCCAAGGACCUCCUGAUAAAUUCAACGCCUAUGUGACACUGAAAGUGCAAAAUGUGAAGAGUACCACCAUCACUGUGAGGGGAGAUCAGCCAUGCUGGGAGCAGGACUUCAUGUUUGAGAUCAGCCGGCUGGACCUGGGCCUGAUUGUAGAGGUGUGGAACAAAGGUCUCAUCUGGGACACCAUGUUAGGAACAGCCUGGAUUCCACUCAAAAGCAUCUGCCAUUCAGAGGAGGAGGGCCCUGGCGAAUGGAUAUUUCUGGACUCUGAAGUUCUGAUGAAGGCAGAUGAGAUUUAUGGAACUAAAAACCCAACGCCACAUCGAGUCCUACUGGACUCUCGCUUUGAACUGCCCUUCGAAAUCCCAGAGGAUGAGGCUCGAUACUGGACCGGCAAAUUGGAACGCAUCAAUACUAUGGGCAUUCAUGAUGAGGAUGAAGUAGCGGGACGCCCUCUGCCCUGUGCUGCCUCUCAAUGCUGCAACUAUUUUGGAUGGGCCGACAGCCAGACUUUGGAUGACCUAGACAGUGUGGUGGAUGAUAGAGACAGUGACUACAGGAGUGAGAUGAGCAGUAGUUUACCUCCACGCUACCACACUACAGCCCAGCCCAACUCUUCACUUCACCAGUAUCCCAUGGGGCCACGCUUUCAGCAGGCCAUGGAUUCCUGUGCUGACUCUUUGCACAGCUUUGAAUUUUUCUAUAGGGAUCACCAUGCAAGCAGCCCUGUGGACUCCAGUCGUUUUGGAUCUUCAGGGAACCUCAGCCAAGCUAGUUCUCAGCUCAGUGAGCCUGGUCAGGAGAGUGCUGCGUGUUCAGAGUUAGAGGAGUCCUACCAUUCCUACCACAGUACCGGCUAUCGACCAUCCAGAAAUGGACAUCACCCUACCAAUGGACAUACUUCCUGGGGGGAAGAUGAGGGAUUGAAAUCCUCCCAAGACAACGGAAGGGGUAUAAGCAGCACUAUAAAAAAGGAAGUGGUUUCUAAACUGGACAAAAUGCCUGAAAAAACUCUCAAAGGCUUCAGGGAUGAUGGAACGCCAUUGCCAUUCUCUACAUCCAGAUUGCGCUGGCUUAAAGCAAUCAACAAAGUGAGAGCUCAGCUUAAGGAGGGCAAAGAAAAUGGAGAUAAUUCAAGACAUGCUUGGAUUAAAGCUGGAAAUGGGAGUGGAAUAUUUGGAAUUGACAGUAUGCCAGACCUGCGCAAGAAAAAAGCUAUUCCUCUGGUUAGCGAUGUGGCUAUGUCUCUGGUCCAAGCCAGGAAGGCUGGCAUUGCAUCUGCGAUGGCCUCACGCUCCUCCAUAAAAGAUGAGGAACUGAAGAACCAUGUGUAUAAAAAAACGCUACAAGCUUUAAUCUACCCCAUUUCUUGUACAACACCUCACAACUUUGAGGUGUGGACCGCCACAACGCCCACCUACUGUUACGAGUGUGAGGGGCUUCUUUGGGGCAUCGCUCGGCAGGGCAUGCGCUGCACGGAGUGCGGGGUCAAAUGUCACGAGAAGUGUCAGGAGCUGCUGAAUGCAGACUGCCUGCAGCGCGCGGCUGAAAAGAGCUCCAAACAUGGUGCUGAGGACCGCACUCAGAACAUCAUCAUGGCCAUGAAGGAUCGCAUGAAGAUCCGUGAGAGGAACAAGCCUGAGAUCUUUGAGGUCAUCCGAGAUGUAUUUGUGGUCAGCAAGGCCAUCCAUGCUCAGCAGAUGAAGACCAUCAAGCAGAGUGUCCUGGAUGGAACGUCCAAGUGGUCAGCCAAGAUCACCAUUACAGUUGUCUGUGCUCAAGGACUGCAGGCUAAAGAUAAGACUGGCUCCAGUGACCCCUACGUGACCGUCCAGGUGGGUAAAACCAAAAAGAGGACCAAGACUAUCUACGGCAACCUCAAUCCUGUCUGGGAGGAAAAGUUUCAUUUUGAAUGCCACAACUCCUCUGAUCGCAUCAAAGUUCGUGUUUGGGAUGAAGAUGACGACAUAAAGUCGCGAGUGAAGCAGCGCUUGAAGAGGGAAUCUGAUGACUUCCUGGGCCAAAGCAUCAUUGAGGUUCGCAUGCUGAGUGGAGAAAUGGACGUCUGGUACAACCUCGAGAAAAGAACGGACAAGUCUGCUGUUUCUGGUGCCAUCCGUCUUCAGAUCAGUGUGGAAAUUAAGGGUGAAGAGAAAGUGGCCCCCUACCACGUCCAGUACACCUGUCUACAUGAGAACCUCUUUCAUCACAUCACAGAUGUCCUCGGUCAGGGUGUGGUGAAAAUCCCAGAAGCCCGUGGCGAUGAUGCCUGGAAGGUUUUCUUUGACGAUGUGCCGCAAGAUAUAGUGGAUGAAUUUGCAAUGCGCUAUGGGAUUGAAUCCAUCUACCAGGCCAUGACGCACUUCGCAUGUCUCUCAUCUAAGUAUAUGUGUCCCGGGGUCCCUGCUGUGAUGAGCACCCUGCUGGCCAACAUCAACGCCUACUACGCCCACACCACUGCAUCCACCAAUGUCUCCGCUAGCGACAGAUUUGCUGCAUCCAACUUUGGGAAAGAAAGGUUUGUCAAGCUCUUGGAUCAGCUGCACAAUUCCCUGCGCAUUGACCUCUCAAUGUAUCGAAACAACUUCCCUGCAAGCAGUAAGGAACGUUUACAGGACCUCAAAUCUACAGUGGACCUCCUGACCAGCAUCACUUUCUUCAGAAUGAAGGUCCAGGAACUGCAGAGUCCGCCGAGAGCUAGUCAGGUUGUGCGAGACUGUGUCAAAGCCUGCCUCAACUCCACAUAUGACUACAUCUUCAACAACUGUCAGGAGCUGUAUAGUCGCCAAUAUCCUCAGAUCGGAGACACGCAUAAGGACGAGUGCACCCCAGAAGAUCAGGGCCCGAGCAUCAAAAACUUAGACUUCUGGCCCAAACUCAUUACCCUUAUAGUGUCCAUCAUUGAGGAGGACCGGAACUCCUAUACCCCUGUCUUAAACCAGUUUCCUCAGGAACUGAACGUUGGGAAAUUGAGUGCAGAGGUCAUGUGGAAUCAGUUCUCUCAGGAUAUGAAGUACGCCAUGGAAGAACAUGAAAAACACCGGCUGUGUAAAAGUGCAGACUACAUGAACCUGCACUUCAAGGUCAAAUGGCUGUAUAACGAAUACGUGAAGGAUCUGCCAACCUUCAAGGGAGUUGUGCCCGAAUACCCUACGUGGUUCCAACAGUUUGUGCUGCAGUGGCUGGAUGAGAACGAGGAUGUGUCCAUGGAGUUCAUGCAUGGACCCCUGGAGAGAGAUAAAAAAGAUGGAUUCCAGCAGACGUCAGAGCACGCUCUCUUCUCCUGUUCAGUGGUGGAUGUCUUCACUCAGCUCAACCAGAGCUUUGAGAUCAUCAAGAAACUGGAGUGUCCCGACCCCAAAGUCAUGGUCCUCUACAGCCGCCGGUUCGCCAAGACCAUUGACAAAGUUCUGCUACAGUACAGUACCAUUUUGAAGAAUAGCUUCCUGUCCUAUUGUGAUAAGGAGAAGAUUCCAUGCGUCUUGAUCAAUAAUGUCCAGCAGUUGCGUGUCCAGCUUGAGAAGAUGUUUGAAUCUAUGGGUGCCAAACAGCUGGACACAGAGGCCAGUGACAUCCUGAACGAUCUCCAGGUCAAGCUGAACAACGUCUUGGACGAGCUGAGCAGCACCUUUGGAAACACUUUCCAGAGCCGCAUUGAUGACUGCAUGCGUCAGAUGGCCAGUCUGCUGUACCAGAUCAAGGGUCCAGUGAACGCCAACACCCGUAACCAGGUGGAGGCCGACUCUGAUAACAUGCUGCGGCCACUGAUGGACUUCCUGGAUGCAAAUCUGAUGCUGUUUGCCUCAGUGUGUGAGAAAACCGUGCUGAAGAGAGUGCUGAAGGAGCUGUGGAGGAUUGUGAUGAACAGUCUCGAGAAGACCAUCAUCCUUCCUCAGGGCAAUGACACCUUUGGAAUGAUCUUUUCAGCGGCUAAAGAACUGGGUCAGCUCUCCAAACUCAAGGAUCACAUGUCUGGUGAAGCUAAAAGCUUGACUCCCAAGCAGUGUGCAGUCAUGGACGUGGCCCUCGAAACCAUAAAGCAAUACUUCCACGCUGGAGGAAAUGGUUUGAAGAAGGCCUUCCUGGAGAAGAGUCCUGAACUGUCCUCGCUGAGACACGCGCUGUCCCUCUAUACCCAGACCACCGACACGCUCAUCAAGACGUUUGUAACUACUCAGCAUGCUCAAGGCUCAGGGGUUGAUAAACCAGUAGGGGAAGUAUCCAUACAGAUCGAUCUCUUCACUCACCCAGGCACAGGAGAGCAUAAAGUUACAGUUAAAGUUGUGGCUGCUAAUGAUCUGAAGUGGCAGACAUCUGGGAUGUUCCGACCGUUUGUGGAGGUCACCAUGAUCGGCCCUCAUCUCAGCGACAAGAAGCGCAAGUUCACUACCAAAUCGAAGAACAACAGCUGGGCGCCCAAAUUCAAUGAGACCUUCCAUUUUAUUCUUGGGAACGAGGAUGGGCCGGAGUGUUAUGAGCUUCAGGUGUGUGUGAAGGACUACUGCUUCGGCCGCACAGACCGUGUGGUCGGUAUCGCCGUCAUACAGUUGUGUGAUGUUGCGCCGAGGGCCAGCUGCGCCUGCUGGUGUCCACUGGGCCCACGGAUACACAUUGAUGACACGGGCCUCACCGUCAUGCGCAUCCUCUCCCAGCGCUCGGGUGACGAGGUGGCCAAAGAGUUUGUGAAACUGAAGUCUGAGACCCGAUCGGCCGAGGAGGGGAGGUGAGGACGUUCCUUCACAGCAGAAGACAAUCUGAGACUCUUAAGUGUUGGAGGGACAUCAGCACUGUCACCUUUUUGUGUCCACAUCAAUGUUUUUGCUGCCCACUGACACCUACGAGAGAUGGGCUUUCAGCAGCACAAGAGAGGCCAUGUGACAAGUUUUAUAAAGAGCACUGUUAGUUUAGCAGUGGAUGAGGGGGAGUCAUCCACAUAAACAGAUUGAACACAAUAUUUUUUCCAUGUAUUGAUAUAAAAAACACUCACACAUUCAGCCACUAACAAACUAGCAAAGGACUAGUUAAGGUAGACACCAUGUUUUAUUUGACAUGAAUGAAACAAGACUGUGAAGGAUAGACAUGCACUUUGACCUGACAUAGAAUAACUUUGACCCUGAGAUUUUUUUUUAUGAAUUGCCUCAUAUUAAAUUGAAUAAUCAUUGCAAAAAGUAAGACCAGACAUGUCUAUCCCUUACAAACAUGUUUGCAAGAAAAAAAAAAAUGGUGUCAAUCCCUGACUUGGUUAUUUGACCUCCGACCAGUAGAUGGCACUGUGAGUGUGCUGGGUCAUUAUUUUGGAAGCGUCUGUUGUAGAAUACACAGAUUCCACAUCAGUUCGUGCACUUUUUCUCUGUAAACACCCCUUUUGCCAUGUGUUUAUUGCCUUAUUUUUUGAUGCUGUGAAUGUGUCAAAUUGAAAUGUAAUGAUUAUGAUUGUUAUGAAUGUUGUGACUCCUGAGACAGUGUUUGUGUCCUGGGGGCCAGGUCUCAUUCACUCAGUGUUGUGGAGUGAUUUGUUGCAUGAAUGAAUCAGAAAAAAGUGACCAUUCAUUUCAAAAGCCAACGGUACUUCAGCAAUCAUCUGUGACCAGUAGGUGGCAGCAAUAAUCUCGUUCACAUUUACACCUGCUUCAUCACCCACACCAAAAGACAAUGCAGCAUCAUCUGACAGUACUGAAGCUAAAAUGUUUGAAUGCUUUAAUGGGGUGUCAUGUUAUAUUUUUCAAUACAUUAUGUAGUGAAAAGCUCUGAAAAAUCAGCAUCAGCUGGGGAGAGAAAAUAUGAACGUUAACAAAUAACAGAUCAAGCUCAAAUAUGAUAACUGAUCAAUUAAAGAGUAGAUGUUUUUUUUCAUUUCAAA